AUUUUUCGAUUGAUGUAAGUAGUUCAUGUGGACGGACGAUGAGUGGUAUUUUGCUGACUUCUAUUUUAUUGUCCUGCGUUUUAACAACAAGUUCAUAUGAGAUUGCGUUUUCGGAGGACUAUUCUUGUGAAAAUACUAUAUGUAAUCCUCGAGCCGGUGAUUUGUUGAUUGGUCGAGAAAGCUCACUUAUUGCAUCUUCAACUUGCGGCUUGACCGAAGUCGAGGCCUACUGCGUUGUAACAACCAGCGGUAAAAGCUAUUGCAAAGAAUGUACUUCUAAACAACCGUACAAUUCCAUAACCAAUCCUGAAAGUCAUCGUGUGGAAAAUGUUGUUUCACGAGUCCCAAGCAACCCUGGAAGAUGGUGGCAGUCACAGAAUGCAGUACACAAUGUGUCAAUUGUACUGAAUUUGGAUACACAAUUUCAAUUUAUUUCAACGAUUCUACGCUUUAAAACUUAUCGUCCAGCAGCUAUGUACUUAGAACGUUCUUAUGACUUUGGACGUACAUGGGCACGUUAUGCUUAUUUUUCGAAUAACUGCAAACGCGAUUUUCCAGCUGUACCUGAAGGUCCUCGUCGAUCGUUGACUGAUGUAACUUGUACUGGAGUUUAUAGUCAACUUACACCUUCUGAAGGAGGUGUGGUUGCUUAUAUGGCUGCCCCAAGUGAAAUGCAUCAAUCAUGGCCUCAGUACAGUAAAGAACGUAUGAAUUUGACAGCAAUUACUAAUCUGCGAGCUGUUUUUACCAGAAUUAAUACCUUAGGUGAUAUGCGUGUUGAUGAUUCACCAUUAACACGACGUAAAUACUAUUAUGCACUUUAUGAAUGGAAUGUAUGGGGUAGAUGUACAUGUUUUGGUCAUGCAUUACGUUGUAAACCAAAAUCAUCUGCUGAAAUUAUUAAACCAGAAAAAGUAUAUGGUGUAUGCGAAUGUACACAUAAUACUGCUGGUGAAAAUUGUGAAACUUGUGCUGAUUUUCAUUGGAAUAAACCAUGGAUGCCGGCAACAAGAGAUGCUGCUAAUGCAUGUGAAAAAUGCAACUGUAACAAUCAUGCAACAGCAUGUUUCUUUAAUCCUGUAUUAUUUAGUAAAUCUGGUAAUGUAUCCGGUGGCAACUGUCAUGGAUGUAUGCAUAAUACAGAAGGUGUAAAUUGUGAAUUUUGUCAACCGAAUUUCUAUCGUCAUCCAAGUUAUCCAAUAGAUCAUCCUUUGACAUGUCAACCGUGUAAUUGUCAUUUGGAUGGUACAUUAUAUGAUAAUUUCUGUCAGCAAUACACUAUACCAGAGCAGAAUACAAUUGCUGGUCGUUGUAUAUGUAAGAAAAAUGUUGGUGGUGAAAAAUGUGACCGGUGCAAAGUUGGGUUUUGGAAUUUUCAAGCUGAAAAUCCUGAUGGUUGUGAAGCCUGUUCAUGCAAUAUGAUUGGUACAAUCGACAAUGGUGGUUGCGAUCCAUUUACUGGACUUUGUACAUGUAAACGAUUUGUUGGUGGUCCAAAUUGUGAUCGAUGUUUGGAAGGUUAUUUUAACCUGUCUACAACACCAUUAGGUUGUCAAGAAUGUGCCUGCAGUCAAAUUGGAUCAUUGAAUCCAAACUGUGAACGUGUUAGUGGACAGUGUGCUUGUAAAGUUGGCUUUACUGGACGUGAUUGUAGUGAAGUUGAAAAUGGCUAUUAUAUUGUUCCACCACAUGAAAUAAUUGAUAGACCUGAUGAGAAAGAGAUUACACUGGUUGGACCUAAAGGUGAAGGAAAGUAUGUAAUUGUUCUUGAUGUGGAUCCUAAACAGUUUGGUUUUGGUGAUAGAUGGUCAAUCGUUGUAACACCUUUUCAAUAUGGUGCAACAAAAUGUCAGAAUCCACCUCAAAGUGUUAAUAUUUAUCAAGACACUCACAAAGUUAUUAUAUCAGAUGUCUGUUUGGAACCUGGAUUACCAAUCGUUUUACGUAUUGUUCCUGAAUCGUAUCCAGAAGGAGCAUUUACCGAAAUCCUAAUUACUGAUAUUAUACUGAUACCUACUGAUGACAGUGACUUGGCACGUCGUUGUGAAGUCUAUCGUGAAAUUGCUAUGGAGAUCUUAGCUGGUCGUCGUGAAGAUAGAACAGGAUUACCACCAGAAUGUGAAGUCUAUUUCCGUUUACCACGUUUAAGUUGGAAAGAGAGCAGUUCUGUGGCACAAAGAUGUUUAUGUAAUUCAACUGGUUCACGUUCUGAAAUAUGUGAUAAACUAACUGGACAAUGUCCUUGUAAAGAUGGAGUUGUUGGUAGACAAUGUGAUCGAUGCGCACCAUAUCAUUAUGGUUUCAGUGCAAGGGGGUGUACUGAUUGUGCAUGUGAUCCUCAAGGAUCUAUCAGUUUACAAUGUCAUGAAGACACUAGUCUUUGUGAAUGUCGACCAGGAAUUGUUGGUAAACAUUGUAAUAUGUGUAAUCCUGGUUUUUGGGAUUUUCCAAAUUGUCGUCCAUGUAUAUGCAAUGAAUUUAGUGAUUUUUGUAAUCAGACUACUGGAAUAUGUGAAAACUGUAGAGAUAACACUGGCGGUGAUCACUGUGAAACAUGUCGUGAAGGAUUUUAUGGUGAUCCUUUGAGAAAAACUCCUUGUAAACCAUGUUCAUGUCCAGGUGGUGGAUUAAAUCAUGCCAAAGAAUGUCAUAUGGGACCAUUGGAAGAACAAAUUUGCAUUUGUAAAGUUGGAUACACAGGUCCGAGAUGUAGUCAAUGUGCCAUGAACUAUUUUGGGAAUCCAACUGAACCUGGUGGCUCUUGUCGACAAUGUGAAUGUUCUGGAAAUAUUGCAGUUAAUGUACCUGGCAGUUGUGAUCCAAUCACUGGACAAUGUUUGAAGUGUUUACAUAAUACAGAAGGUUAUUACUGUGAUGUAUGUAAAGAUGGUUUUUGGGGUGAUGCAACACGCCAAAUGUGUCAGCCAUGCAAUUGUUACCCAUUAGGUAGCAUUGAUGAAGGUGCUGGCGGUUGUAAUCGUGAAAAUGGACAAUGUUCAUGUCUACCAAAUGUGAUUGGUCCAAGAUGUUAUGAAUGUGCACCAUAUUUUUUCAACUUAACUUCUGGUAAAGGGUGUGAACCAUGUUUAUGUGAUCCAACUGGUUCAAUCGAUGAUUUAUGUGAUCCGGUUAUGGGCCAAUGUCGUUGUAAACCAGACCGAAGUGGGCGCAGAUGUGAUCAGUGUAGAAGACUGUUUUAUAGCGAUCCAACUACUCCAGACAGGUGUCUACCUUGUGAUUGUGAUCGAGUUGGUUCAACAAGUGAUUUAUGCGAUCCAUUAACUGGUCACUGUCCAUGUAAAACGGGUAUAACUGGCCAACGAUGCGACAGAUGUGACCGAGGUACUGAAGGUAUUCUACCUGAUUGUGUACCAUGUGGUGAAUGUUGGAAUAACUGGGAUAAAGCAAUCGAUAAAGUUAUUAGUGAAUUAGAUCGUUUACAGAAUCAAACGAGUCAACAAUUACCUAAAGAAUUAAAAAUUAUGUUUGAUAGUUUAGUCAGUUUAUUAGAUCAAAUUGAACAUGUACCAUGGAUGACAACAGAUGAUACAAGAUUGAAUGAAUUACGUGAUGUAUUAAAACGAAGCGAAGAAACUGUUAUGCGUUUAAGUUCACUUGAUCAAUUCGCUGACAGUUUAGUAAAAUGGGAUGAUUUAAUAACAGAGAGAUUAGCUCAACAGUUAGAGCGUAAAGGAGUAGUGAAUGAAGUAAAAGCACGUCUUGAAACACUAAAAACACAAAUGCAAAGUAUAAUGGAUGAAUCAAUGAAAUUGGAACAUCUUGAUAAAAGAGGAGCAUAUUUAUCAAUUCUACGUUCAAAAGAUAUCGGUGAUCGAGUUAUAAACACACAAACUAGUAUAGAAUAUCAACGUGGUGGAUUAGAAGCUGAAUUAUUAAACUCUAAACGGGAAUUAGAAGCUGUACAAACACGUGCAGAUCAGUUAAAUUCAGAUUGGGCUCAAUUAGACAGGAGAAUUGAAGAAUUUCGUGAGAAAAUUCGACAAACCAAUAGACUAAUUUGUGGAGAUAACGGUUUACCACCAACUGAAGAUACAGAUCAAAAAGUAUGUCCAUCAACUUGUGGUGGUGCUGGAUGUGAUUAUUUCUUUUCAAAAUCAGCAAGUCUUAAUACAAUAUCAAAUACAAAUAUUUUAAUGAAUAAUUUAAAUACUGGUUUAAUUAGUACAUGUGGUGUAAAUCCUGGAUGUAAUGCAAGUAAUGCUGGAAGAUUAAGAUCACGUAUGGAAGAAUAUUUAAAUCUUCAAAUUCGUUUAACCAAUGCACUUUAUAAUGUUUAUAGAGCUGAAAAUGCUAUAUCGAAGGUAAAUUCAAGUCGUAGAAUUGCUGAACAAACAGUAACAAAUUUAACUACUCAAGCAAUAGAUAUAAAAGAACGUAUAGCUGAUAUGUAUAAUCUUACAAAUCAUUUAAUAAAUGAAGCUGAAAAAUAUGUUAAUCUAUAUAGUAGUAUGCGACAAGAUAAAUUCGAUGAAAUUUUAAGAUCACUUCAAAAUGCAAAAUUGAAUGUUAGUCUAUAUGAAGCAGAACAGAUAAUCCAACAAUUAGAAAAAUAUGCUAUAGACCUAGAGGAUAAAGCUAAACAUAUUUUAGCCGAAACUGAGUCGGAUCGUCAACGUUCUGUGAAUUUAUUAAGACGUGCUGAAACCAUUAGAGAUAAAGCAAAAGAUUUUAUGGAACAAAUUAAUCAGUUGAAAGAAGCUGAUAAAAUCUAUCAAGGUAUAGAAAAGGAACCAAUCAUUCAAAAGGUUGAUGACGUUGAAUUAUUUGAUCAAAUUACACAAGUUAGUGAACAUUAUAUUUAAGUAUAUAUAUUUGUAAUUUGACAAAUUAAUUAACUAAUGUUAAGCGAUUAGUCUCGUACUACCAGGAUUGAGAAAUUUAAGGGGAAAUAUCUUGUGUAAUAAAUACAAAUGAGUACAUAAUUGAUACCAAACAAGAUGGUAAUAUUUAACGAAACUAACCUAUCACUAGAAAAUUAAUAUAAUCACACUCUCAUAACCCUUUUACGGCAUCAAUGUAUUCGAAAUAUACAGUGAAUGUAGAUAGAUCAGGAAUUUUCUCGCCAUUAAACACAAUACAUUAGGAUGUCCAUUCGCUUGACUUAGUGACCAAAACUAGUUAGUAUUUUACACCACGACCUGAUCUUAGCUAAACAAUCACUGAAAACUAGGGAGAGUAACACUACACUUUAUGGACAAAUCAAUUACUUUGAGACGGAGCCUCCUGAAGUUUUGUAUAAGUUUCAUCUCAUCCAUGUGGCUACAAAGCAAUCAUGUAUAAUAGUUCAAGUUAGUUCGUGAUGAAAACUCUAAAUUUAACUUGGAAAGUGGCUGAAACUUCCCAAGUCCAGUUUUAGAACCGUUUAAGGUCGUCCAUAAAUCACCACAGAGUCGGUACCUGAUGGUUUAAAUCCCUAACUUCAAUCGGUUCGCUACAUUGCGGGAUCAUCUUUCAAUACCAUUGGUAGUUAAACAGCCUCACAUUCAACAUGGUUGAAUUUGAUUGAUAGACUCCUCACUUGGACUCCUCUAUAACCUCUCAAAAUUACUCAUUUGCGAUUACAUGAUUAUCAUUCGCACAAGGAGUUUGUGGAAACUGUUGAAUUAAGCAGCCAACUAAGUUUAAUUUGUGAUGUAAACUAUCUCUGCAGACCCCUUGGAAUAAAAAUAGUUUAUUAGGUCCUACUAUUGUUGGAAAUCCAACAGAAUGAUAUGACUACUCUCAAGAGACCAAUCAGUACAUCAACACUCAGAUCUGUAAUAAUUGUAAAGAUAAAAGUUGGUUUAUUGUUUUGCUUUCUUGUUAAUACUGCCUUAAAAAUUAAGUUUGAAUACUGACAGAAGACAACCUAAUAGACUUCUCAUCAGUUUACACAAUCUAAUCUCGGUUGUCGAUUGCGUCUGACUUAUUCUAUAGAAAAUUGAUUCGGUAAUAAAUUAUCUACUGUUUGAAAUCCUGCUACAAUUCAUAUUUCAUUCAAGUCCAACUGUUAUAUCAGUCAUGUGGUAGCAAUCUUUUUUUACUGAUAAGAAGCUUACUAAUCUAACUAUUUAUACAUUUAUUCAACUACUUUUCCCUCAAUCUUCCCUAGUUAACUGAACAAAUAGAUGGAUUCAAAAAUCAAGUUAUUAUGUUCUCGCGUGAUUCAAGUCUACAGUCGGAUAAAGCAAAAGAGGCUUUUGAAGUAGCAGAUGACCUACUGUCAAGUACUAAUGUUGCUAGACGUGAAACUUUAGAUACAUUACAACAAAUCGAACUUGUUGAAGUCUCAUUUAAACAAUUGGAUGAGAAAAUGUUAGAACUUGACAAAUUGAUGCGUGCAUUAGAUACAGGUGAUCGUGGUACUGGUGAUGAAGAUUUACCAGAUACUACACUAACUGAUCCAGCUAAACUAAUGGAAGAAAUUCAAAAUUAUACUAGUACUUUAGAAUUAAAUACAGAUGAGGUUAAAAGUAUUAUAACAAAUUUAAAAAGAUUAGAAAUAGAAAGUGAAUUAUU